GCGCAGGAGCCAGGCACGACAGGAUCUCCAGCUGGUGAACGCCCGCCUCCUCCUGAACCUCCACCACGGCAGCACGGCACCGACACAGUGGACGACGUGCAAGCAUUGCAAGAUGUGGUGGUGGAUAUCGCAGAUGGAGUCGCGCGACUACUGGUGCUCCUGCGGCUGCCGAGUUGCUAAGCCCAAAGGAGAUUUGACGAAGGGCGACGGCAACGCUGGCAAGGGCAAGGGCAAGGGCAAGGAUAAGGACAAAGACAAGCAGUACCGAUCUGACGGUGCCACGGGCUCCGACCAACAGGGCUUCGCGCAGAUCGCCACGGCCUUGCAGACGAUGACGAGCUCCCUGGACACCCUCCAGUUCGACAACAAAGACGGCAUCGCCAAGCAGCUUACGAGUGUGGCCACGGCACUCCAAGCAGCGGCGAGUUCCCCAGCACAAGUUCCCAAGUCCCGAGCACUACGGUUGGCAGAAGCAGCAAGGAAACUCGAGGACGCGAACAAAAGGUACAAAUGGGCGUUCGAUGCAAAGCAGUCAGCGGACGAGAAGGCGAAGAAGGCAACAGAGUGGCUCACGGCCAGAGCGGACGACGUCCUGAACGCGGAUAAGGAAAUAGAGAUGACCCAGCAGGAGGGCAAGGAGAAGCCGAAGAGCAUCUUCGACCAGCUGCUGAACGCAGACACGGAGAUGAUCCAGCCAUCGGAGAUCGAGAUCGCCGAGGUCGAGGCUCACUUCCAGUACGACGAGGACAUGGAUGAAGAGGGAAAGCGGCAAGUGGAAUUAGCGAAGAAGCAAGUCCUGGAGCAUCUACGGCAGACGGCAUCAACCUUCAGGGGCCAGCUGAAAGACCACUUGCAGCAGGCGAAAGACAAAGCACAGCAGGAGCGCACCACGAUCACCCAGUCCUACAAGAAGCGGAAGGCGGGCUCAGGCGAGCCCGACGACAUCCUCGUCGACGGAGCAGACGCCUACCUGGAGCAGCGCAGGAAGGCACAACUCAAUGGCGUGGAAUACGAGCUGCAGAAAUCUGGGUUCUCAGCAGUUUUCACGGAAGCCAGGCAGAGCGAGAAGAGCCUGAAGGGGUCCCACGGUGGCACAGCUGUCAUCACCAAGGGCCACCUGAAGGCUACCUCUUUCCGCCACAAGGCACGGGCAGACACGACCUCGAGUGUGACUACUCACCAAGGGCCGUGCGACAUGGAUAUGAUCGACUGGACGCCAGUCACGCUCCAUUUGAAGGGCACCUCGCUGCUCAUCAUCUCCCUCUACUUGGACCCGAACGCCUCCCUCGUCGACGGGGUAAACGCCAGGAAGUUGACCUCGCUCGCGGCAUUCCUCCAUACUACCUCCAUGCCGUGGAUCAUCUGCGGCGGCUUUAAUUGCGAGUUCGACGCACUUGAGAAGACAGGGUGGCCGACGGCACUGGGCGCAACGGGCGUGGUCCAAUUGCCAGAGGGCCAGAACACGUCCUUCUUAGGUGACGCGACCCCCUCGAACAUAGACUACGCCCUGGUCAACCCUGGAGCAUCCCCCCACCCCAAGUUGCCGAAGAAGACCAACCCCAACAGCAAAGCAGCAAAGAAGAAGAAGAAAGCAGCGAUACCAGUCCUGGACGAAUCUGACAACCUCUCCGAUGACGUGGCCGCCGAGACCGGCACGGUGAGAUGGGAAGCCAUUGGACCAGACGGAUGUAAGAGAAACCAGACUGGGGCGAUCGCAGGCGUCGAGGCCAGCGGACCCGUCCCAAGACAAGUCACACAAAUGGACAUCGAGGACAUAGACCCCUUCGACGACCUGGAUGCGAACCUUUGCAGCACGGACAGCAACAUACUCAUGGCCGAGGAUGCCGAAGGGGCUUGGGACACACCAGAGGCGAAGGAUACUACUCAAAAGGCGGAGAGCACGGAUGAGACCAUGCACGACCCAAAUGCACCCACGACCAACUCGUCGGACCUGUCGAAGGAAACCCACAGGACUACCUCACAGACGAUGGAGCAGCGGGUCGCGGACAAAGCAGCAGGGGUGAACACCACAAUCAUGGACGAUACUUGGGAGGUGGCAGCGCAACCACAAGCCUUGGAGUCGACUGACACAGCCCACGAGUACAUAAAGCAGAGUGCAGCAUACAAGACCGACCCGAACGGUGCUGAACGACUAGGGCGACAAUACCACCAGUUCAUCGGCACUCUGGAGAAAUUCUAUUGCAUGGCUUACAAAGUGGCCUACAACAGCAGGAAGCACUCGCCAGCGCAGGACGACGCCGCGUUCGGGAAGGACUGCCACCAGUUGGGAAAGGGGGCCUCGCACACUGCCAUGCGCCACCAGCAGAUAUGGGCAGAUAGGAUGGCAGCGCUUGAAACGAUACCACUCAAGCAAGACAUGCGGGACAGCAGCAAGCAGUACAGUCUAGGGUUGGCGCAAGCAGAGAAGACCAUCGGA